GUCAUUUUUUGAAGGAAACAAUUAAAAUGCAAUUCCAAACAAUACACAAUUUACUUCUCUUGAUUUGUAUAUUGACUGGAAUUAAAAACGCCAACAGCAAUACUAACGAGAACAUAGAAGGAAAGAACGACAACAGAGAACAGUCUCUUGUAGCGGAUAAACAUGGUAAUAUUACAACAGACCCCACUAUAGAAACAACAACCAAAGAUGACACAAAAUUGCUGUUAGAAAAACUUCAAAAUAUUGCUUAUUACUUGCGAAAUUACAAGUUUAAUGAAUAUGAUAGGAGAUAUGAGACUGACCCAACUAAUGCUAGCAGGCCUUAUUACAAAUUCUUCCCCAAACCUCCCCUUCGUUCCCUUCAUUGGGAAGUUCAUCAGUUCUGCGAACCUUCGUUUCACGAUUGUGUCGAAUAUUUGUCAAAAAAACUACAUCAUGUUGCUCUUAGACGUUCUGACGACACAUCUGUUGUGAUGCUCGAGCAAAGAUGGUCGUGGAGGAAAAAUGAACAGCAGAUAGUUCAAGUGGAUGCUGAGUGUUUAAGGAACAAGCGUAUCGAUGAUACAGUUGCAGAUCAUUUUGAAGGGCCCCUGGAAAGAUUCCAAUGGCGAGUAACGGCAAGUUAUUAUAUGUGCUGGUAUACUCUAUUAAAGACACCGGAAAUGAGACGUCUCUACGAGAAAUGUGAUAAUUUUGCCAGCUGUCUGGAUUAUGAUUACGGGCCGAGAAAUGAAGAUGAUAGAGUGGAGGAUUGGAGACCUUUUAGUUGUGCCCUGUACAGCUUUUGUCCAGAUCCGUGUUGUCCAUUUAAACAUUUAACGAAUCUAAAAGAUUGUUGGGACUCUCCAGAAAAUCCAUGUUAUCGACUAAAUCCGAAGAAAAAGAGAACUUGUGAGUUUAAUAAGACGGCAAAUAUAAAUUUUAACGAUAUUAUUCUGAAUAGAUGGAACGUUAGCUGUGGAUGUCCCCGAGAAGGCUACGAAUGGAAUUCGCUCUACGGAAUUUGUAUAGACGUGGAUGAAUGCGCAUCGAAAACUCAUAACUGCCACCGGGACUCCGAGAGUUGCCUUAAUUUGCCGGGGAGUUUUAGGUGCAUUUGCAAAUGGGGCUUCAUUAGAGAUAUACAAACAGAAAAUUGUCUUCCUAGCAACGCCUUGUCUGCGAUAAAACUUAGUAGGAGAAAGCAGUUAAAUAUAACAGAAGAACUGACUGUUUGGCAACGUAUUAAGAAUGUUAUAUUAUUUAAAAAGAAUAGUGCUCAAUGGAUCAAAUCACAAAUUGGAUUAAUAUUAUUAAUUAUUCUUAAUGCAAUCUGUAAUAUUAAUUAAUAAUUUUAGAUCAAUACUCAUUUUCAUAAAAAAAUAUCUUUCGGUCAGUAUAUUCAUUUUUGUAUUAAGAUAUCUUAAUUAGAAAAGUAUUUCAAUAGGUACAAAUAUUUAGCAAAGAGAUCUAAUAGAAAUACUUACUUAUUUUGUCUUUUGUCUCAAUUAAGCAUCGAGUUAAAAAUCAGUGGAAUCAAUCAUCUUUGUUAACAAUCCAAAUCUCAGUAUUCACUGAUUCAACCUUCUGUUCCAAAUAUAUAUUGGUUUAAAAAUUAUGAAGUACCUCGAAGAUAUAUAACAACAUUAAUCAGAAUGAAGUUUGGACAUGCAUGUUUCCCUCUACAUCUAGCAAGAAUUAAAGUUUUUGAUUCAAAUCUUUGUACUGAAUGUCAGAAGGUGGGUGAUUUGAAUCACACUUUCUUUGAGUGCACAAAAUACAUUCCAUACACCUAUAAUUUAAUCGAAAAUUUAAUAAAAUGUAAUGUUUUUCCACCUUU